AAAAUGAGGAAGCAAGUGUACAGUUCCAGUUGAAGGAUUUCAACGUGUCUUCAUAGUUACCCCUUACAACUUCUUCAGCAUUAUCUUUGGGCUUUUUAAAAAGGCGUAUCAUUAAUUCCUUUCACUGAGCACAAAUCUCUCUAUAGCGUGUGUUAUAGCGUGUGCAAGAUUAGUUAUGGAUACAAGUUUAUUCCUACAAUUGCCUUAAACUGCAGAAGAAACUUGCCUGUGGGAGCCAAGAGCUGUGCAUAAAAAAAGGCAAGACUCUUUGGGCCUUUUAAGCCUGGGGUGAGAGACUUGCAUCCAGGAGGGAGGGGAACAGGCGCAUAGGUUGAAUCAGAACAAGUCUUAAAUAUUGCCGAGUAUAAUGGCUGAAAGUGCUCAACAGCUUCCCUAUUUCUAUGGCAACAUAACACGUGAAGAGGCAGAAGAUUAUCUGAAGCAAGAGGGCCAAAGUGAUGGACUUUAUCUACUAAGACAGAGUCGAAGCUACCUUGGAGGUUAUGCUUUAUCAGUUGCUCAUGGCAGAAAAUUUUACCAUUAUACGAUUGAAAGAGAGAUAAGUGGGACAUAUGCUAUAACUGGAGGCAUAUCUCAUGGUUCCCCGGCUGAACUCUGCCAUUAUCACACCCAAGAAAGUAGUGGGCUUGUUUGUUUACUAAAGAAACCAUGUAAUCGACCACCUGGUGUUCAACCAAAAAUUGGCCCAUUUGAAGACCUAAAAGAAAAUCUCGUCAGAGAAUAUGUACGACAAACAUGGUAUUUAGAGGGUGAAGCUCUUGAACAAGCAAUUAUUAGUCAAAAGCCUCAACUAGAGAAGCUAAUAGCCACAACUGCUCAUGAAAAAAUGCCAUGGUUCCAUGGGAAGAUAUCCCGAGAAGAUUCAGAAGCAUUAUUACUGAAUGGACCAAAGAUAAAUGGAACAUUUCUUAUAAGAGAACGAGACAGUAAUGGAUCCUAUGCUUUGUGUCUAAUACAUAACAAAAAAGUGUCACACUACCGUAUUGACCGAGACAAAACUGGAAAGUUGUCAAUACCGGAUGGAAAAAAAUUUGACACGCUGUGGCAGUUGGUUGAACAUUAUUCUUACAAACCAGAUGGACUGCUACGGGUCCUGACAAGUCCUUGUACACGAUCUGAUUACAGAAGCACCAUUAGUUUCACUAGACUCCCUGAACUUCCUGGACAACAUCCAACGAAUUGGUCAGCAGGUGGAAUUAUCUCAAGAUUCAAAUCCUACACAUUUCCCAAGCCUGGCAGUAAAAAGGUUUCACAUGGAAUCGUUAAUCGAACAGAGAGUUUCUCAUCCUUAAACCCAUAUGUGACGAGGCCAAGAACAGAAGCAAGAGGCAGAGAAGUUACAAAAGAUUCCAUGCCAAUGGACACAGAUGUGUAUCGUGGACUAUAUGAAGACCCUGAAGAGUUUAGACCAAGAACUGUCAAAAUACAAAGAGAUCACCUCUCCUUAAUGGAACAAGAUCUUGGAUCUGGCAACUUUGGAACCGUGAAGAAAGGAAUUUUAAAGAUGACAAAGUCUGAAAGAAAUGUUGCUGUUAAGAUCCUCAAGAAUGACAAUGAGGACCCUUCAAUAAAGGAGGAACUGCUCAAAGAAGCCACAGUCAUGCAACAACUGGACAAUCCAUAUAUUGUUCGAAUGAUUGGUAUAUGUGAAGCAGAGUCUUGGAUGUUGGUGAUGGAACUGGCAGAACUAGGAGCACUAAAUAAAUUUUUGCUUAAAAACAGGGAUGUUGUUUCAGAAAAGAAUGUAACCGAGCUUGUUCAUCAGGUUUGCAUGGGAAUGAAAUAUCUAGAGGAGAAGAACUUUGUGCACAGAGACCUGGCAGCACGAAAUGUUUUACUGGUUACCCAGCAUUAUGCUAAAAUCAGUGAUUUUGGCCUGUCAAAGGCAAUAGCAUCUGAUGAAAAUUACUACAAAGCAAAAAGUUCUGGGAAAUGGCCAGUUAAGUGGUACGCCCCUGAAUGCAUAAACUAUUACAAAUUUUCAAGCAAAAGUGAUGUGUGGAGUUUUGGAGUACUCAUGUGGGAAGCUUAUUCCUAUGGUCAAAAGCCAUACAAGAGUAUGAAAGGUGGUGAGGUUUCUCUAAUGAUUGAAAGUGGAAAACGGAUGGAGUGUCCGGGCAGGUGUCCAUCAGAAAUGUAUGAUCUAAUGAAACUAUGUUGGACAUAUAAUAUUGAGGAACGUCCCUCUUUUGCAACAAUUGAACCCAAACUACGCAACUAUUAUUAUGACAUUGCCCAGUAAUUUAAUUGAAGUGAACUUACAGAAGCCCAAACUUGUUGUAACCAACAAUUUUAAAACUCAGUAAACAAAAAAGAUGUAUGCUUAAUAUGAAUAUUUUAGUGUAUUAAUUAAAGCCACAAUAUACUGUAUGCUCUAUA